CACUCGAUACCGGUAAACUGAACGCAAAAGAACAAAAAUUAAUCGAAACGAAGGCCAUUUCAAUGACAAUGAAUGAAAUCGCGACAAAUACAAGUAGAACUAUUCAUCGUUUGUGUAUAAUACAAAAUGUACUCACAAUACUAAGUGGUCCAUUUCGUUAAUCAUUAGUCAAAUUUUUGUGAAUCGUGCAGACAAAAAUGGCCAAUCGAAAUUUCAGCUUAAUACACGUUUUGAUCAUUUUUAGCGUAUUUAUCAACAAUUUAAACGUCAGUAAUGGUGGGACAGAAACGACCAAUUUGUGUGUGGAACCACCGUCAAACAAUGUAACUCCUCUCGUACCAGUCAACCCCAGUACAAUAAAUCCUACCACAGAACCACCACCAUCACCACCCUACCACACUGUGCCAUUCAAUCCGUAUCCAAUUCCACCAAAUACCCCUACUCCAACCGCACCAUUUUACCAAAGUCCAAUUCCAGUACCCCCACCAUCAUCACCACCCAACUUGAAUCCCAUAAAUCCUCCAUAUGAAUGGAAUCCUCCUCCGGCGUGUCAAAAAGGAAGCCCUAUUAACGUGAAGUACCAAACCGAAUCACCUACAGGAGAAUUGGGUAUUAAAUUUUCUUAUGAUACAUCAAUUGACGAGGAAGGCAAAAUGAACGUCAUGAUUGCAUACGAGACCGAAAGUGCAACCGUAGCGAAAUUCUUCACAGAGCAAUUCACACCACAAUUAUUCCAAGAAUUCACUCAGUGCAACGUCAUCAAGUGGGAUAUUAGGCCAUGCUCUAAAUCAAAGUUGAUGCAAGGAGAACUAUAUUGCCCUCAAGGUGAAAAACAAUGCGAAUUUGAUAAAAUUCACGCCUGCGCGUCAACUUUAUACAGCGUAGAACCGCAAAAAAUGGGCUUAUUUGUGAUUUGUUUCUUCAGUCAACAGAAUGACGCUCAAACGUGUGCCAGCAAAUACGGUAUGGUAUACGAUGAUAUUUGGACUUGUGCGAGUGGAGUUCAAGGGGCCCAGGACUGUGACGCGUGUUAUCGACAUAUCCACGACAAAAAGAAACGCAAACUUUACACACCACCUCCACCAUAUACCGGAGAACCACCUGUGGAUCCCAUAGGAGGCUGCAUACAACCACCCAUUGGCGGUGGUGUAGAUCCCAUAGGAGGAGGUGGUGUCGUGAACCCAGGUAUCUCAUACCCAGAAAAUAAUACAAAUGGAUCUCCAGGAGGCGUCCCAACUAAUCAAGCAACCACAGUGAAUCAGACACCGCCAACAAACCUAGCACCAUCAACACAUCAGGCAACUUACGACGUUGUACCAACUUCAUCACUUCAGAAUCCAGGUCCAUUUUAUGGUGGAUUUAAAGACGGUGACUUGAAUGUCCCGCCAGAGAAGGAUCCGAAUCUAGAUGCCAUAACUGAUUUUAAGGACGCUGUAUGCGCUAAGUUGAAGGAGGGCCAACUCGAAUGUAACUUCUGCUCCUGUUGAAUGAUAAUGAAGAAUGAGAAUUGACUUUGUUGCAGCAGUUAAAUGAUUAAUUUGUUUCCAAUUUUCUUUUCGUUAUUGCGUUAGAAUUAAAUAAAUGGU